GAAAAAAGUAGUUGAACUUGUUCUGUGUGCGGGGUCUUGUUUUUUCUUCUUCUUUAAUCAAGAAAUAUGUCUUAUAACGGCCCUUUAAGGAAGAAGGCGAGGACAUCAUGUGAGAUACAGAGGCUAAACAUGAACAAAGUGCCGGACUCAAGGUACGAAAGGAUGGGCUUUAACCCUACACCGGAGCUUCGGGCAGACUGGAAGAGGCGAUUCGGCAAGGAGGAGCCACACAUUGCAGUACUGAUGUUGGCCAGAGGGGGCAGUAAGGGGAUACCCAUGAAGAACAUCAAGAUGUUGGGUGACCUGGAGCUCAUUGGAUGGGGGAUCAGGGCAUCUCUGGACUCUGACAUCAUGGACAGUGUCUGGGUGUCCACGGACCAUGACGACAUCGCAGCUGUAGCGAGCAGGUGCGGUGCGCAGGUGCACAGGCGCUCGUCACAGGUGUCUCACGACAAGUGCAACUCAUGGACCGCCAUCGACGAGUUCGUCAGGAACCACAUGGAUGUGGAUAUCAUUGUUCACAUUCAGGCCACCUGUCCCUGCGUGCACCCGUUCCACAUACAGGAGGGGGUGCGAAUGAUGCUGCAGGACGGGAAAGACUCCGUCUUCUCGGUGUACAGGCGCCAUCAGCUCCGCUGGUCAACACCCAGAUACGGAAUGCAGGCUUACCCCCUGAACUUUGACGUGUACGACCGGCCGAGGCGUCAGGAGUGGCCGGGAGAGCUGAUAGAGAACGGCGCCUUCUAUAUGUUCACACGGGACGUGGAACAACAGGGGGUCCUACAGGGAGGCCGGAUGGGGUGCCUUGUGAUGGAUUCAGAGUACAGCAUUGACAUAGACACGGACCAGGACUGGCAGCUGGCAGAGCAGCGGCUUCUCCGGUUCGGGUACCAUGGGCGCGCGCCUAAGAAAAUGAAGCUGGUGGUUGUGAACAUUGACGGGACGCUCCUCGACGGUAAAGUUCAAGUCUCCUCCACAGGGGAGGAAUACAGGUCAUUCAAGGCCACGGACAUCGCUGGUAUCCAGAUGUUACAGAGGAACGGAAUAGAGUUUCGUGUGGUCGCUCAGGGUGAAAGUCAAGUGCAGAAGGAGUUGGCCAAGAAACUUUCCCUGAAGCUAGAAGAAAACUGUGAGGACAAGAUAGAAGUGAUUGACAGCUGGCGUCAGGAGCUCGGCAUCGAAUGGGAAAACAUCGGAUAUAUGGGCUGUGUCAUCGACGAUAUUUCCUGUAUCAAGAAGUCGGGGAUGUCCGGUUGUCCGUCUGACGCUGACACGGAGGUCCAGAAACACUCGCACGUGGUGUCCAUCUACAGGGGAGGUCAGGGCGCGCUCAGGGAGUUCUGUGAGCAGUUACUCCUGAAAUGUGGAGUGGAACCGACUCUGGAAGCCAGAAAUGAGACGGGGAACUUCAAAGUAUCAUCACGAGUCAUCCAGAAGGACCAAGUGUCGAGCCAACCCGAGAUGCCGUCUUAAAGUGCUUAUGUGACUAAAAUACAACAGUUCCUUAUUUCUGAACUAGGUAGUAUAGUUUAACUGUAAUAUCCAACACAAAAAUUGGACUCACCCAAAUUUUCGACUGAACAGCAUCAGUCUUUGUCAAGGAAUGAACAAUAUCCACUGCUGUCGUGUCGUGAACAAUACACUGCUGUCGUGACGUCACGUUAUGCAGAUAGAACACGUGACUCAGUAAGUAGUGAAUCAAAGGUUGCAUGAAGUCUGUUGCGCCCACCGUCUCUGUUAAUGGAUGGUUGUAAAGCUGUGAGGUGCUGUUCAGUCGCAAAAUUUGGGGGAGUCCAAUUUAUGUGUUAGAAAUUUCUUUUAAACUAGAUAAUGACUUCUAGCAACACAGAUGAACUUUUCAGUUAAGUUCCUGAUUACAAGUAACCAUUCAAACGUUUGGUGAGUGAUCGAUGUUAUUAAACAUUGGAUCUUACAAAUCAUACUUGUAGAUACGUAGAUGAUGGUUAGACGUCCAGGUAAUAAGAUAUGCCAAAAAUCAGUUACUCAAGCAACUGGAUUAUGAUUUUGGAAACGGUUUUGAAACAACAUCCAUUUCAAGUUGCUUGAGUAAUUCAUAUUUGGGAUACUUUAAGUUCUAUACUAUACCCAUUGCAUACGGCUGCAAGUUUUUUUCUGCUGUUUUCAUACUGUUUUCUGCUUUUAAAAAUAACGUAGUAAGUUUUAAAGUCACCAUACCAAGCAAUGUAUUGUGUAAGCGUAAGACGCAUUUUAUCUCUUCAGUAAUAUGAUAUAAUACAUGCAGUAUAAUUGCAGUAAUUCUAUACUAUUAAAUCUCGGAGGAAAAGGU